AUGAGGCUAUCCGCAACUGGAUUGCGACUUCGCAAACAAAGAUCGCCUCGCCUGGCCCAGGCCAACGCCGGUUUCUGUACAAGCGGCGAGAGCUGGCAAACGUUGACAACGUAUUGUGCUUCCUCUUCUUCAAACAUUGCAGAAUCGUUCUUGUCUCUGGGCACCCAAGGCCGUCACGAGGAUGAAGAUGCCUCUCGUCUUGAACAGAGGGGCGAACCUCCAAGCGGCAUUACCGUGGUCUCCCUUCUCACUGCGCUAGCAAUGGGCAACGAACCUCGUCAAUCUUUCAUUGAUGCGAAGCUCGAAUGCGACCGAAGUUGUCAGUCAAUGUUUGGUUGA